AUGGGUACCGAGGACGAUUCGAGAGUCGACCAACGCGUCGGACUGGCGGGGAGUAACCAUGACCAAGGAGAAGUUGUUUACGCACAGCAUCGCCAGGACAAGAUGCAGAAGCGCUUAGAGGGGCAGCAAGUUCAAGACGCAAAGGCGAUCGCACGUAUCUUUAGGCAGGAAGAAGGUGAAGGCUGCAUGGCGCUUGGAGAGUGA